GGGAAGUUUAGACCGGGGCUCGCUCCAUCGAAUGUUUCCUUCGUGUUCGCGACGGGCUUUGGACGAAAGCUCUUGUUCCUUUGACGAUCGGAAAUUUGAUUCUCAGAUCUCGGUUUUGACCACGCGCGCGAAGACAGAACAGGAUCGAACGUCGGAGUGGUUUGGGAAGGCGUCCAGGUGGGGGACGAUCAGAAGUCAGGAAAUUGUUGCGAUUUGUGGCGGGCAGAGAAGCUGACGGAGAGGAACCGUAGAAGAUAACUGCAGCCUGCAGCCAUGCACGCACCGGUGCUAGUUUUAAAUGACGCGACUAAGAGGGAGUCGGGGAGUAAGGUACACCACGCCAACAUACAGGCUUCCAAGGCAGUGGCGGACAUCAUCAGGACGACCUUAGGUCCACGUUCUAUGCUGAAGAUGCUUCUGGAUGCUAGCGGUGGCAUUGUUUUGACGAACGAUGGGAAUGCCAUUCUUAGGGAGUUGGAUGUAGCUCACCCCGCAGCUAAGACCAUGAUAGAGCUUAGCAGAACACAGGAUGAGGAGGUUGGAGAUGGAACGACCUCGGUAAUUAUUUUGGCCGGUGAAUUUUUAUACGUCGCCGAACAAUUUUUGGAUCAAGGUUUUCAUCCAACUGUCAUCUGUAGAGCUUACACUCAGGCUCUGGAGCACGCCAUCCAGGCUCUGGAUGAAAUUGCGUUCCCGAUCAACAUAGAUGACAAGCAGAUGAUGCUCAACAUUGUGCAGAGCUGCAUUGGGACUAAAUUCACAAGUCGUUUUGGAACCCUAAUUGCCGACCUUGCAAUUGGGUCUGUCAAAACGAUCGCAGUGGAUUUGGGCAGCGGUCUUAGAGAAGUCGAUAUCAAGAAGUACAUCAAGAUUGAGAAGCUCCCUGGAGGUCAGCUUGAGGACUCGAAAGUUCUCAGUGGUGUGAUGUUUAACAAAGACGUCGUAGCCCCAGGAAAGAUGAGGAGGAAAAUCAAGAACCCUAGGAUUUUGCUGCUGGAUUGCCCAUUGGAGUACAAGAAAGGAGAAAACCAGACUAACGCCGAGCUCAUGAAGGAAGAAGACUGGGCUACUUUAUUAAAGAUGGAGGAGGAAUAUAUUGAAAAGGUGUGUGCACAGAUCAUAAUGUUCAAGCCUGAUCUUGUGAUCACAGAGAAGGGUCUGAGCGAUCUGGCGUCCCACUUUUUGAGCAAAGCCGGAAUUUCGGCCAUCAGGAGAUUGAGGAAGACUGAUAACAAUAGGAUUGCACGUGCUUGUGGUGCUACCAUCGUCAACCGGACAGACGAGAUUCAGGAGAGCGACAUAGGAUUAGGCGCAGGACUUUUCGAAGUGCAAAAGAUCGGAGAUGAAUACUUCACUUUCAUUAUAGACUGCAAGGACCCAAAAGCUUGCACUGUCCUUUUGAGAGGAGCCAGCAAAGACCUUCUAAACGAGGUCGAGAGGAACUUGCAUGAUGCCAUGGGUGUUGCUAGGAAUGUUAUUAAGGACGCGAAGUUAGUUCCAGGAGGAGGUGCCGCGGAAAUGGCUGUUUCCAGUAUACUGAAGCAAAAGGGUGCUUUGAUUGAGAGCGUAGAACAAUGGCCGUACCACGCAGCUGCCAAGGCGUUCGAAGUGAUCCCCCGAACGCUCGCUCAAAAUUGCGGAGUGAAUGUUAUUCGUACCAUGACUGCUCUCCAAGCCAAGCAUGCGUCGUCUGACAACAGGAUGAUCGGAAUCGAUGGGAACACAGGAGUUGUUACUGAUAUGAAGGCAUUAGGAAUUUGGGAUUCGUACGGAGUCAAGGUUCAGACUUUUAAGACAGCCAUCGAGGCAGCGUCUAUGCUCCUGAGAAUUGACGACAUUCUCAGUGGUUUGAAGAAGAAACAGGCAGGUGGUGGUCCAACACCCAAAGGACCACAAAUUGAAGACGACAAGGAUGUGGAUUCGGAGCAAAUGAUCCCAGAGUAGAGUAGGCCCCGUUUAUUAUUUUAACAUGUGUAUCUUUAUCGAAGUCAGGUCUGCCCAGUGCUGACUUGGUACAAAUUUUGAGUUCCGCCUGUGCUGUGUAGUUUGUUGAGCUGUAGUUUAAAUUGAAUGCUCUGACUCCUGUAUGCUCAUUACUCUCCGAGAGCAGUUUCUUUCGAUACUUCGUAGUAAAAGUUCUUGGGGUAGUCUUCCCCUUUUUCGGUGUAUGGAUGUUGCACCAUUGACAUCACAAGUUGUUUAGUCCCUCCA